CCAGAUAGCAAUCUCGACUGUUCCUCUUCUUCCUUCACAGUUUUCCUUAUUCAUCCCAUUCACCGGGUCACUUCACUUCAAUAUGAGAAUCAUCAUCAUCUGUCUCAUUUUUCUGGCAUUCUUGGUUAAUCUAGUGGAUAGUGUAUGUAAAGCAGAGGAUUACUGUCCCGGAGGUUGGAAUGUGAUGAGAAAGGCAGAUGAUACCCCACAGACUUGUGACGCAAUGGGCGGAGUCAAAUGUCAAAAACCGUAUUCGUGUGUGCAUUCUAGAUGUGGAAUGGAUUUCUGUUGUGCUCACACUUAUAAAAUUGACCAAUGGAAGCGACAACAAGAAAUUGAAGCCGACAUUAAAGAAGCAGAAAUGGAAGAUGCUGAGCUCUGAAAAUUGUUCUUUAUUUCGUUUUUUCCUCACGUUUGAACGUCAAUGUUUGCUCAUUGCUCUCUUGGAUUAGCUUUAUUUGCAGAAACGUUUUUCACUUUUCCUAUUCGCUCAAUUUCUUUUUUUUUUCAAACUUUCUCCAUAAAAAAUAUUGUGUUUU